AGGCUUCCCCUGCCGACCAGACGUGCCUCCGCCAUCGUCGCAAAGCAUGGCGGAGUGGGUGCCAAGCAACUGGCGUGAGGAGUGGGCGGAGCAGGCGGCCGCGGCCAUGGAGGAAAAGGGGCUGACGGAGCACGAGCGGGAGGCGGCGGAGGAGACCAUGGUGCCGUUCCGCCUGGAGUCGCUGUUCCCUGACCGUGUCGAUCUCGCCCACACGGUCCGCAGGAACUUGACCGCUGUUGUGGAGGACAUCGAGGUCGACAUGGUGGAGAAGGAGUUUCUGGGCGAGCGACCACGAACCAGUGACACCGAGCGACGGAUGGAGGCUGUGGGGUUGGCCCAUGAGAGAAUCCAGGCACGCCGGGACCAGUUUUGGAGCCCCACUGCGGGGAAGGAAGAGGAGGAGGAGGAGGAGAUUGACCUGCUGGAUGGUGGGAUGUCUCCUGCCGCCUUUCUCGCGGCAACUCAGCGUGGAAGACCGCACGCACCCGAGCAACUCCGCGAAGAGCCUGGGACUUCGACCCCGCGUCCACCAUCGCCAAAAAGAGUUAGGGCAUUCUCGCGUGUCCCGAGCUUUGCCCAGGUGCUUGGCCGUCGAAGGGGGGGGGCCGUCUGGCUCGAUGGACAGUUGAGUGAAUGGACACAGGGGGCCUGGGGUUCCCGCCUGCCAUGGUGAGCCCUGU